AUGUCCGAAGCAACUGACCCCGCCGUUGUAUCAAACGAAGCUCCUCCCGCAGAAGAGAAACCAGCGGAACCAGUUCAGGAAAUAACUGAGCCACGUCACUCAUUCUACGAAACAGAUGAGAAACUCACACUCGAGAUAUUUGACAAAGGCGCAAACCCGGAUGAAGUAGCAAUCAAGUUCGAGCCUCGUACAUUCACAUACCAAAAUGGCUCAACGAAAAGACUUAUUCUCCAGCCUCUGAAAGGCGAAAUCGACAUAGAGGCGAGUAACUUCUCUGUUGGGAAAGUCAAAGUCGAAGUCCGAUUCGUGAAGCGUGCACAAGGACGAUGGGGUGCUCUUGUUGGUGAUACGCCAGAUGUCCUUGCAACGACACCCCUCCCAGCUCCCGUAUCACCACCCGUCCCCGAAGAACCUUCCGUCAAACCCAAACCUCGAAAGAACUGGGACAGCAUCACAACCGCCAUCUUAUCAACCGACAAAGAAGUAUCCAUUAACGACGACCCCAACGCUGGUGGCGACGCCGCUGUUAAUAACUUCUUCCAAAAACUGUAUAGCAACGCCGACGAGGAGACCAGACGGGCGAUGAUGAAGAGUUACGUUGAGAGUAAUGGAACUACUCUUAGCACGAAUUGGGCUGAAGUAAGUAAGGGGAAAGUUGAGGGGAAGGCUCCUGAGGGUUCGAUUAUGAAGAAAUGGGAAUCAUGAGUGUCUGAGUGUAUGCUCUAUGUAUUCC